AUAUAAAUAUUAAUUUAUUUAAUAUAAAAAUUGUGAAAAUACAAUAUAAAUUUACGUCGUAAACAGUUUUCUUAAGUGAGAAAACAUGGGACGCCGUUCGAUAAAUACCACAAAAAGUGGAAAAUAUAUGAAUCCUACCGAUCAAGCACGUAAAGAGGCACGUAAAAAAGAAUUAAAGAAAAAUAAAAAACAACGGCAGUUAGUACGCGCUGCCGUUCUAAAGGGCAAAGAUCCGGCUCAGAUUAUCGAAGAAAUGGAAAAAAUAGAUCAAAUGGAAUAUAAUGUUAUGCAGCCACCACCGCUUAAUGAGAAAGUGCUGAAAGACAAAAGAAAGAAAUUGAAGGAGACCUUGGAUCGUGUCUUGAAAAUGUAUGCAAAGGAUGAUCAGGAAAAGUGGGCAGAGUUAAAAGAACAAUUGAUACAAUAUGAACGUAGAAGAAUAGAUCUCGUUUCAUAUUUUGAAGCUGUACGACAUGCACAACAAGUACAAGUUGAUGAAAUUCCAUUACCAUCAGCUGCUAAUGACAUAUCUCGAAUGUACUCAGGUUCUUUAACUUCACAAAUACCUUUGCCGGAUAUGCCGCAACCACCAGCGCAUAUGUAUCCACCCCAUCCACAUUACAUACCACAGCAUCAUCCGCUUAUGAACAUACCAAUACCACCAAGUAUUUUAAAAAAGACAAGUGCAUAUGCAACAUCUCCUUCUAUACCUACACUAGCACCUAAUAAAGAAUCACCCGGUGUCCCACCUUUUCCACCGCCGGAUCUAUCAAGUGACGAUGAAGAUAUGUCUGACAAGACUAAAGAAUCAGUACCAAAAUCGAGAACAAUUCGAUUUGCAGACGACAAAGAAGAUAAUAAACAAGAAUCAGACGGUAAAGAUAAGGACGGUGACAAAGAGAAGGAAAAAGAAAGAGACAUAGCUAAAGUAAAACCAACUACUCUACAACAGAAAAUGUUAGCUAUGGCAGGGCAAGAUAUUGAUCAGUUUAUGCGUGAAAUGGAAGUUGUUCAUAAAAAGCGUGAAACUGAACGAGCUCAAGAUUUAAAUGCUCGAUUGUCACUACUGGAAGCAGAAAAUGAAUCUAAUUCAAAGUCUAAUAAUAAAUCUGGCAAUAAUAAAACAGAAGUAGAAGAUCUAGAACCUCCAGGGGCAUCAGACCAUUCAUCAAACCAUAAUCAACAUACAUCACAUUCUCAUUCUCAACAUACACAACCACACACAAUGCCACCUAUGGGAUUGCCGCCGCCUCCUUUAAUGUAUAGACCUCCACCACCACCUUUACAUUUAAGGAUGCCACCGCCCCCACCGCCCCGUAUUGGACUUCGAUUACCUCCUGGCCCACCACCAGGAAUGCCGAGGAUGUUGAGACCUGGUCCACCAAGUAUGCCAAGAAUGCCUCCUCCACAAAUGCAAAUGCCAAAUCUAUCAAAUAUGACAAAUAUAGGAAAUCCUCAAAUGCAGACACAAUCUGCAACAGGAUCACAACCUAAAACACCUAAUGUACUUUCUGCUGCACCACAAUUAAUUAAUCGAAAAGAUAAAGACGGUAAAAGCACUACAACUAUCGAAGCAAAACCACAAAUUAGGAAUUUAGCAGCUGAUGUUACAAGAUUUUUACCUACCUCUCUUCGUGUGAAAAGGGAUGAUAAAAGGAAACCAAGUAUUUUGUCAAGACUUUCAGAAAGGAUACCAGAAACGCAACCAAUGCGAACUACUCAACCUAAAACAAAAGAUGAUGCAUAUAUGCAAUUUAUGCAAGAAAUGGAAGGAUUACUUUAAAUUUGUAAUACUGUGUAUAAUAGAACUUUACUUGAAUAGCAAAAAAUUAAAUCUUGAAGAAUACGUUGUGAUUACUAUUACUAUAAUAUAUUGCUAUAAAAUAUUACUAUUAGCAUAAUAUAGACAUAUUUUUUUAUUUUUAGUCCUUAAUAUUUAUAAAUUUCAAGUGCCUUUAUUUCUGUGUAAAUUUAUAUGAACUGAAUUUGUUCAGAAGUGUAGCUAAAAGAUUUCGAACAAAAAGAUGUUUUAUUGAAUAUUGUACUUUCUAGUAAUUAAUUUUAACAAUUAGUAAUUAAAAGUUGUUCAAAUUUUGCAUUCAAUAUUACAGUAUCAACGGUAACUUGUACUUUUCCUACUUAAAUUUGUAAAAAAUUGUUUUUUACGCAAUACAUGACGAAAAUUUGCUCUAUUAUUUAAUUUUAACGAAUUAACAGAAUAGACAAUGAUGUUGUAAAAAUUUGUUUUCAUUAAAAUUAUGAAAUCGCGAACUAUUAUUAAGGCAUGCGCUUAAUAAUCCAUAUGACAGACUUGUUCUUGCUAUUUCCGACAAUAGUAAACGUCAUUUCCUAGUUUUGAGUCAAGCAUGAUCAUAUAAACAAGUCUCGACAUUCGCUAGUUUAAAAUACCAAAUAUGUUGUUAAAAUAAAUUAAGUUUUCGUAAUAACUAACUAGUGUCUGCAAUCAUUUCAAGGCAAGAAAAGUCAUCGUCAACUGGAUUAUUAAGAAGAUAAUAAAUAGCCAUACAUAAAGCAUUCUCUCUUGUUGUGACAAGGGAAGGAUCAGCACCUAUAUGCAAAUUUAGAAAUGUAAGAGACCUACGUGUAUUAUAAUAUUUAAUUAUAUUAUGUAUACUGUAAUUUUGUAUAAUAAAUAUAUAUAGUUAUGUGUAA